CGUGUACGCCAUUGAAGAGGGCGGGUCUAUUUUAGGAUGACACGCCCUCUGUAGAUGGGCAGUCAGUGUGGUGCUGCAAAAGUAGAAGCGUGCGAUGUUCGUUGUGUUUGCCCGUACGAUAUUCCGGAGGGAGGGACACUGAUUGCCCAAAGCAAGGAAAGUGGUACCCACCUGCCGAAGCACACACCUCAGUAUGGAUGCUCUGAAAUCAGCGGGGAGAGCAAUCAUAAAGAGUCCAGGAGUCCCGCGACAUACAUGGGGAACUUCAAAGCACGAAAAGCUGCCGGAGAACUGGACCGAUACCAAGGAGACCCUGCUGGAGGGUAUGGUGUUCAACGUCAAGUACCUGGGCAUGACCCUGGUGGGCCAGCCCAAGGGGGAGGACAUGGCCGCCACCGCCAUACGCAGGAUCGUUGCCACGGCGAGAGCGAGUGCCAAGAAGUUUCGUAAAGUGUCGCUGACGGUCUCUCCCAAAGGCAUCGUCCUCACCGACACGGACACCACAGACCUCAUAGAGGACGUCUCCAUAUACAGGUGAGUCCACAGGCCUCAUAG